GUAAUGAAUUCUAACUUCUCUGGGCCCACCCCUCUUCCAUCGUUCUUUAGAUGCGAACUUUUCCGGAUUUCAGUUCCUUAAACCUGGGUCCUGCCGGCCUCCUCAAUGGCCAACUGAAAGGGAAACGCGCACUCAAGCGGAGACCGCAGGUUACAUUUCUGCGCAUGUGCAGUGACCCGAGUGACAGCCUUGGUGUGGCUCAAGGCGGGGAUUCCGGGGGUGAACUCCGCUUGCUCGGUGCCACCGCUUCCGGGAGGCGACUGGAGUAUGUCAGCCCCGUUUGAGGAGCGCAGUGGGGUGGUUCCGUGCGGAACGCCGUGGGGCCAGUGGUACCAGACCUUGGAGGAGGUGUUCAUUGAAGUUCAGGUGCCGCCAGGCACUCGCGCCCAGGAUAUCCAGUGCGGCCUGCAGAGCCGACAUGUGGCGCUGGCCGUGGGUGGCCGCGAGAUCCUCAAGGGCAAACUCUUUGACUCUACAAUAGCUGAUGAGGGAACAUGGACUCUGGAGGAUAGAAAAAUGGUCCGUAUUGUUCUUACAAAGACGAAGAGAGAUGCAGCAAAUUGUUGGACUUCUCUUCUAGAAUCUGAUUAUGCAGCUGACCCUUGGGUGCAAGACCAAAUGCAGAGAAAACUUACAUUAGAGAGAUUCCAGAAAGAAAAUCCUGGUUUUGACUUCAGUGGAGCAGAAAUCUCAGGAAACUACACUAAAGGUGGACCAGAUUUCUCGAAUCUUGAGAAAUAACUGUGACCUUCUUGCUGCAUUUUGUGGAUCCUAGCAGAUGUUGCCAACUUAAUCAGAGGAACAGAUUAUGUGGUGGAAUAAAAAUGUGGAUACCUAGUUAACAGAUUGCAAAAUACAUUUAAAUAUGGUUCUAAAAAUUGCAUUCAAAUAUGAUUUACAUAGGAAACAUCUUAAAUACUGUGGAAACUAUUCUAUUGAUACAUGGUAACUUUUAUUUUGGACUUGUUUUUGCUCAGCAUGAUGUUUUAUAUGCUGCACUUUACUAAUUUCAUAUUUAGCCUGUAUUUUUAAUACAAAAAGUUUUAGGGUCUAGAUCAUGUAAAAUGACAGGGUGCCUUCAGGGAAUAUUAAGUUUUUCUUUCAAUAACUGUGAUGCAGGAAUAAUGUUCAAUAAAUUUUUCUAAAUAGGAAUUGUGUACCCCUUUGUCUAAGUGUACCAGUUCACACAAGGAAAUUGUAUUACUGAAGAAAAUUUUCAGAAAGGAAAAAAUAAUUCAUGAAUAUAUUCUAAGUUAAUUUUAAGAGUUACUGAAAAUUUCUGAAUUAGUAUAUUAUUCUUUGAGAGAUGCCUUUAUGUCAAGAAAUUGAAAAGUAGCUAAAAACGUAUCAAUAAGAAUAGACUAAUGCAAAAGGAAGCACUGAAGCAAAUUUGGUUAUUGGUAAAUCCUUUGUUAGGGACAAGAAGCACAUUCAAUGAGUAUAACUCAGUGAUAUCUUUUUGAUGUUCAUUGAUCCAGGCAUAUAGGUAAGAAUUGUCUUGAAAUUUUCUUUCAUCCUUUUUAUGUCCUUUCUAAUUUUAAAUAUUUUGAAUAAUCUGGAAUGUAUAGAGAAGUUACAAGUAAAGCACACAGAAUUGUCUUCUUCCUGAUUC